CCUGUGUAGGAAAGGAAGGAGCGUAAGGUUUAGGGGUCGGAAGUGGAUUGACGUAACCCGGAAGGGAAUCCUUCCCAGGCUGUAGUGUUUAUGUUUUCAAGUUGCUACUGCUACUUCCGAGAACCGUCGGUGGAAGGAUGGUGUGCGAGAAAUGUGAAAAGAAACUUGGUACUGUCAUCACUCCAGAUACUUGGAAAGAUGGCGCAAGGAAUACCACAGAAAGUGGUGGAAGAAAGCUGAAUGAAAACAAAGCUUUGACGUCAAAAAAAGCAAGAUUUGAUCCGUAUGGAAAGAAUAAAUUCUCCACUUGCAGAAUUUGUAAAAGUUCUGUGCACCAACCAGGUUCUCAUUACUGUCAAGGCUGUGCCUAUAAAAAGGGCAUCUGUGCAAUGUGUGGAAAAAAGGUUUUGGAUACCAAAAACUACAAGCAAACAUCUGUCUAGUUCUAAUGAAGUUUCUGACUUUCUAUAUGAUUUUAUUUUCUGCUUUAAAUUUUUAAGGCAUAACAUAGAUGUUUAAGUUUAAAAUAGCAUGUUUUAAGACAAGUAAUUAAGUUUAAACCAGAAAAGUUGAUCGGUAUUCAUUCUUUUGCUCUCAAGAAGUUCUGAACAGCAAAAAUACAACUAGUCUUCUGCCUUAAGUUAUUUUCCUUACAAGCAUUUUAUCAAAUUGGAAUAAGUGACAAAUUUAAUGAAAAAACAAAAUUCUAGUUCUAUAAGCACUUUUUAUUUAAUAUUAUUCAUAUAAUUCCUGUUUUCCCCUCCCUCCACUUUUAGGUAUAGCAAAGGUGAGAAAAUUAUUGAUAUUUUGCUCUGAACUCAGCACGUAGGCCUAUAAUACUUACCGCAUUCCUUUAUUGGUUGCAUAAUUCUUAGAAUCAGUAGUCCCUUAAUUAAUACCAGUUUCACAGGGUAUUUGAAUAUUUGAAACCUUUAUUGCUGAAUGGUCCCUUAGUAAUUAGCCCAUACUCAAAUCAAAGACAAGUUGAAUUUGUGAUUUUUUAAAUUUGUUCUUGAAGCCAGAAUACCAGUUCCUUUCAUAUAAGAACGGGAACACAAGUAACCCCCAUGUGUCCAGAGGCAUGCACUGUAUUUCAGAACAACACAUAUACACACAUUACCUUGAAUUCAGACUAUUGUGAAAGACAGAACAGUGUUUGUCCAUGAUGACAUGUCAUGAAAAUGAAUCGCCACUCCUUGGGAAAGCUCUUUGAAGCAGAAACCAAACUUUUUGAUACCCCCUCCCCCCAAAAAAAGAAAUAAAUAGAAAUAACAAACAUCUUGACUCUUUUUUAUAACAUUGACUGCUGCAAGACUAUUUUUGAGGUUUCAAAGAAGGGUUUUUUGAAUGCUGCCUUAAGAGAUUCAGGACUUCUGCUUUUGAGACCUGCAGCCUACUAUGGGAGAACAAAAAAGUAUUUAUUGCCAACAGGAGUAUACAUAACUACCUAUCACUGUAUAAAAUGUGUAGAAUAGGUGAUGUGACAAUAUACAUGGUAUAGAUACUGCAUUUUUGUUUUAAGAUUAUUAUUAAAAGUAUUUAAAGUUU